AUGGUGGACUGCAAACUAGCUGAUACUCCCAUGGUUAUGAAUCAUGGGCUUCAAAUUCUUGAAAAUGCAGAAUCAGUAAACCAGACACAAUAUCAGAGACUCGUUGGAAAAUUAAUCUACCUAGCCCAUACUCGGCCCGAUCUGGCUUACGCUGUUGGAGUUGUAAGUAGAUUUAUGCACAGACCUCAGAAACAACACCUUGAGGCAGUAUACAGGAUUCUGAGGUAUUUAAAAGGGACUCCUGGAAAGGGAGUUAUGUAUGAGAACCAUGGCCAUUUAGAUCUUCACGUCUUUACAGAUGCAGAUUGGGGAGCAGAUCGUGACAGUCGAAAAUAG